CAAGCGUGCGAAGCUGCGCUCAUUCCUCCUCAUCGUGGGCUCUAAGACACGCAGUGUGUAAGGUGGAAGUAACUUUUAUCCUGCAGAGAAGAGUUCUAAACCGCCCGGGACACACAUCUGGUCCAAAGAGUCACGGAGAGAGAUAACCAUGUCGGCCUCAUCGGCGAAAGUCAGUAGGAAGGAGAAUUCAAAUCACGACGGAGCGGACGAGACCUCUGAAAAAGAGCAACAGGAAGCCAUUGAACACAUUGACGAAGUACAGAAUGAAAUUGACAGACUGAACGAACAGGCUAGUGAAGAAAUUUUAAAAGUAGAGCAGAAGUACAACAAAUUACGCCAGCCGUUCUUUCAGAAGAGAUCAGAACUCAUAGCCAAAAUCCCCAACUUCUGGGUCACAACAUUCGUCAACCAUCCACAAGUUUCAGCUCUUCUGGGGGAGGAGGACGAGGAAGCGCUUCAUUACUUGUCGAGGGUGGAGGUCACCGAGUUCGAGGACAUCAAGUCUGGAUAUAGAAUAGAUUUUUAUUUUGAUGAGAACCCGUACUUUGAGAACAAAGCCCUCUCCAAAGAGUUUAACGUAAACGAGAGUGGAGACCCCGUUUCCAAAUCCACUGAAAUCAAAUGGAAAGCUGGAAAGGACCUGACGAAGCGCACGGGUCAGACGCCAAACAAAGCUGGGAAGAAAAGGCAGCACGAGGAGCCUGAGAGCUUCUUCACCUGGUUCACCGACCACUCGGACGCAGGAGCCGAUGAGCUGGGAGAGGUGAUCAAGGACGACAUCUGGCCGAACCCGCUGCAGUAUUACUUGGUCCCUGACAUGGAAGACGAGGAAGGUGAUGGAGACGAUGACGACGACGAGGAGGAGGGUCUGGAAGAUAUUGAUGAGGGGGAGGAAGAGGAAGGUGAAGAUGAAGAUGAGGAUGGUGAUGGAGAAGAUGGAGAGGAUGACGGAGAGGAUGAUUAAACGUUUCAGCCAACACCUUUUCCCAGUCCUCCCUCUGUGAUCAUCCUACAACCCAUGGGAGCAAGAUAUUUUGUUUUGGGGUGGGGGGGUUUUGUAAAAAAAAAAGAAAAAAAAAUUUCCUGUGUGUUGUCAGCCUGUCCAUCCUCUUCCUCUGCAGCCAAGGCCUGUCCAUACCGCCAUGUCUACAGACCAGCUCCACACGGCAGGUCUCCGCGGGUCGCAGUGGGGUGGGGGUGUUGGUGGCUCUCUGGAAGUCUCACCUGUCAUUGUUUCUCUACAUCUCCCAAAGACAUGCAAAAGAAUAAAAAAAAAUUUGUAGCAUUCUGCACGUCAUCCUACGUAGAUUUAAAAUACGUACAAUAGCAAUUUUUAUGUAAGAUAUGAAAUGACAGUUUCUGUUGAAGUUGUGAGUUCAAUAAAAAUAAGCCAUGGUGCAGUGAUAACUCAAUCAUAGCAUCUUUAGCCACUUUUAUAUAUAAAUGUAUAUUAUAAUAUAUCCAGUGGUGGGGGGGUACUAAGGCUUAUUAGAAGUUGCAUUUUCCUUUGUGACUUAUUGUACUAAUGGAACUGAUUGAAAGCACCAGCUUGUUCCUUUCAACUGUUGUAAAUGUUUUUGGGAUAUUCAUGUACCUUGGUAAGACAGUUGUUAAUUGUACACAGUUUAAUGGGGGGGGAGGGGGGCUUUGACACCAACUCUGGACUUCUGUUAAAUAAAUUUUCAUUAUCUUGUUUUUCAGGCACCCACAACAAAGUUUGAAAUGUACAUUUUUUUUAUAAAAACAACUUAAAGAUCUAAUUUUGGGCUCGGCUUAACAUUUUGAGAUGGGAGAGAGAUUUCUGUGGAGUCCUGUGUGGAGUCUGCAGCGGUUCUCCUGUUCCACUGGAAACCUGUUCACGUUAAAUUAUGUGUACCAGUUGCUUUGUUACAAUAAAUAAAUGUGUACAUGAUG